AUGGAAGAAAUCCCAAUAUUCAGAGCUGCGAAGCGGAGGAAGUUUAUACGCUUCCAGCAAGAACCAUUUGAAGAAUCCGCCACCACCACCACUCCGACAGACGAUGCCCCCUCUGCAGGCGGAGAUGGGACUCGAGACGAUGAUGGGGACGAAGGCGCAAUUUCAAAUCUGAUACGUGCACGAAAGCACGUUCGAAAGGUUGUCUCGGGGGUCCAAUUCUCAAAUGCGAAGGUCAUGCAACGAGCGGAUGACACCACUUCCACAGAGGCUGCCAGGUCUGAUCAGAUCGUCGACAAACCUAUAGACAUUGUCAACCGUUUUGUCGGAAGUACUGGGCAGGUCGUUAAUGUUGAUAAACAUAUGGUUGCAUUUAUAGACUCCGAAAUGGCUAAGAGACGCAGCCAUCUCCUUACUUCUUCAAAUGCUUCGCAGGAGAACUCGGAAGAGGAACCAAAUCACAGCUCUUCAUCAUCCGAUAGGCCAGUUUUACCAGUCCAAAAACCAUCAACAACCAAUCCAGCCUCCACCCGUCAGUUGGCCGAAGUCGACCUUGGUAAUUCUGUGCACGAUAGCAAUCUAGCCCGCACGCAAGCUGCGCUUGAACGGGUCAAGGCCGGUCAAGCUCCGGUCGAAGAAGUGGACAAACCACGGAGGCCUCGAAAACCACGUCUAGGACGGGACGGCAAACCAAUGAAGCCACGGCCCAGGAAGCGAAGGAACAGCGAAGACAUUGCGCGGGACGCACUUGUGGAGCAAUUUCUGCAUGAGAAUAGGAUUGAUCUGUACGAUACGAACUCUCCAGGACCGACAAGUGGUCGGCCUCUGGUUGGCGAGGUCGCAGAAGAGGGUGACACUGACGAGCGCUUUGCCGAGCAAUUCCGGCAAGAUUUCAUGGAUGCAAUGGCUGAGAGGAGGAACAAGAAUAAAUAUUCCAGUCAGUCAAAGGGAACAAGUACCGCGGAGCCGAGAGGGCCGAAGCUAGGAGGGAGCCGAAAUGCAAGAGCAAAGAUGAUGCAACAGCAACAACAAGGUCAAGCGGGAACGAAGAAGUGA